AAAAAAAAAAAAAAAAUUCAGCUUGUUCUUUUUUCCAGCCGAUCUCACCCGAGAAACUGGCCUUGAACCCCCUUUUCUCAGAUUCUCACGACCUGCCGCUGCAAAUCUCGAGGGAGAGGGUCUCAGGGUUGGCAACGAAUUGGGCACACAAGCUCCCAUUUCAAGGUCCAAGGAGCCAACCAUGACAGACAGGAGGCGUAUCAAUGGCCCUGCCGGAGCCACAAUUCCGCCAAUCUACGAUGAUUCAGACCUCCAGGAGCCCAGAUCCGCAAAGGGCAGGUCGCGUGCUCCCAAUGCGUCCCGGAAAAUGUUCCUCAAAACCGGCGUGACCCCUUCGGCCUCUGGAUCCGCCUAUCUGGAGAUGGAGACUUCAGCAACGCCUGGUGUCUCUGGGCUGAAGCUUAGUUGCUCGGUUCAUGGGCCACGCUCACUUCCGAGAUCCGCCCCAUUCUCACCUCACAUCAUCCUGUCAACCCAUGUCAAGUACGCUCCGUUCGCGACCAAGCAGAGGCGUGGUUAUCUUCGCGACCCUAGCGAGCGGGACCUUGGCAUCCACCUCGAGACUGCUCUCCGUGGCGCCAUCAUUGCCGACCGGUGGCCGAAAAGCGGUGUUGACAUUAUUGUCUCCAUCGUCGAAGGCGAUCAAGAUCGGGAAGCGUCCAAGUUGCAGGGCGACGAGGUGUGGGACAUGAUGAACGCCCUGAGCGGGUGCAUUACCGUGGCAGCAGCCGCACUUGCCGAUGCGGGUAUCGACUGUGUUGAUACGGUUGCCGGUGGAGUUGCUGCCCUUGUCCAAGACAGCGGCGAGGACACUCCGAGAAUCGUCGUCGAUCCCAUACCUUCGGAGCACGAGAAGAUAUUGGCAGCCUGCUGCAUCGCAUACCUGCCGAACCGAGACGAGGUUACAAAUCUCUGGUUCAGAGGGGACCUCCCCGCCUCGGACACGGAUCUCUACACAAGUCUCGUCGAGAAAGGCAUCCAAGCCUCGAAGAACGCUAAUCGCGUCCUCGUCAGUUGCCUAAGCGAGACGCUUCAAUGAAUUGUCGCCCCUCUCAAGAGUUGCAAUCCAUCCUGAGCGCUUCUGUCUGCCGGGACGUGGUAACCUCGGCGUGGUAUUGCUCGGCAACCAAUCAGCUCCUGGGGCUUCCUGAAAAGCAAGUCAGGUUGCGAGACACACCACAGCGUCAUAAAGUUACCCCACCAUGACUUCCCGGCAACGGAACGGUACUACUUCGUAUCAAGCAUGAGAUAUCCAAGACUUGUCUCCGCGCUACUCGGGCUACGACCUACCAACCGCAGUCAAGGAUUGCAACCGUGUCGCGUUGCGAUCUGCAUCGGCUGUUUGAGUUUGAAUACGAGAACGUUACAUUGACAAUCUUACAAUUGCGGAGUACCCCGUACAUAC